AAAGAAAGAAUGAAAGUGAUCGAGAGAUGGCAAGAGUGGCCGUAGUGAGACACUGGGUUAGUGGCGCGCGAGCCGCGCACUCACCAUAGCAAUCGCAUGGGCCCCAUCUGUUUAUACAGACACCACCUCAUAGCCUACCCUGAUGGACCAUGGAGCAAGCUCGUUGCUAUACAGUUUGCCCAAGCUCAAUAUCGCCUUCCAUCAACAGCAAGCAUCGAGAGCACCUCCAGGCACGCCUCCGUGACCAAGCCGCGAGAUUGCAUUGGCCUCUUGUGGGAGGCCAACGCGGCUGUCCAAAGGAGGCGCACCUGAAGAUGACCAGAGACUUUGCAUUUGUAUCAUCUGAGCCAGAGACGGUCAAGACGCCGAUCAGCAUCUGGCAUCACGAGCUGCGCGACCUGCUCCAGCCCACGGGGAGUAAGGAUCAACUGCUCUUUGUUAACGACUACCGGAUCCAUCUGGUCGACUUCUCCUCUUCCAAACCUGUGUCGACCUACUGCUCCUUGGACUUUCGGCCUGUGUGCCUUGCUUGCGCUCAUGGUGUCGUUGCCGCUGGCGGCCAGCACGGCGAACUGGCUCUCCGACCACUCCAGGAUUUAGAGCGGCAGCGCCAUGGCAGCUUGGCGGCAGCAGGUGCAAGCGGCAGCAGAAGUAGCAGUAGCAGCAGAGCUCCGCGCAUCGGAAAUUACCCGCUCGAUGGAAGCGCUCCAUCUACCCCUGUAUCCAUGAGAUCGUCCGCGAAUGAGAUACAAGAAGCGACGAGCCAGCAGCAUCGCGCGCCCCUGGCCUGGGCGCUCAAUCAUCCCACAGGGGGGAGCAUCAACAACUCCAUCCACAUCCAACCCGACGUGCCACCGCCACCACCGACCUCGAGUCAAUUCGCGACGCCUGCAUCUUCGAGACCAUACUCAAGACGUGGCAGCUCCUAUACAUCGACGUCAACGUCGUCCUCUCCUUCACGGCGCACGUCAUCGACAAUGAAAUGGCGGAGAGACGCUCCUUCGGGGACCCUUAGUCAGCAGCGGCACCAACCGGAAGACGGUGAUGUCGCACUCGCCGACCCGCUGUUCGAAGAGGAUGUGGCGUUAUUGGAGUCACGGCCCGGGCAUGAUCGCCGACGCUCCGGCAGCCCCGUUCGGGUUGGAGCAGGAGAUUUUGGUCGUGGAGACGCGAGGGGCAGCAGCGGCGGCAUACGUUUGGCGGAUCCAUCAUCCCAGACUCAGCAAGAAAAUGGCCGCGUCCAGCUCGGGCCGAAGCCGGUGGCGGGUGGCGUGCGGGUCAUGGUCAAUAAUAACGAUCAAAGCAUCAAAGGCUACCGACUGCGUCAUCCGAGCUCUUCUCUUGGCGCACAAGGACGGCUGGAAUCAGGUUUGCCUGGCCUGAGCAAGAUGCACACGCUUCACUUCCCCACCGCUAUCAACCACUCCUCCUUGAGCCCGGACCGACGCACCCUGGUCGCCGUCGGCGAUUCACCUGACGUCUUUCUAUACAAUUGCGACCCAUCGGGGACUUACUCCCAGAUCGCAAAGUACCAGACGACCGACUCCUCGUUCUCGACGAGCUGGCAUCCGGACGGGACGAAAUUUGCCGUCGGCUCGCAGGACGGCACCGUGAACGUCUGGGACGUGCGCAGUUCUCGGCCCAUCGCCAUUCUCUCCACGUCCUUGGACAACUCAUCGUUCCGUCCGCGAAACGCCGCGCGCAUUGUUAAGUUCUCUCCCAAGGGGGACAUGCUGGCUUUCACAGAACACUUCAGUCAUGUCCACAUUUACGACACCGAAUCAUUCACGCAUCAUCAGCGCAUCACCCUCCCGAUGGCUUCGAAGCUACCAAGCGGGAUGUCCCACGAACAGAUUGACCCACCGAGAGGCUCGGAGAGUCGCACGGCGUCUUCGCGGUCCAGUGGCUCACAUGGAUCGGAUGCACCACGAGCGAGUAGCGCCGAACGAGUUCCAGCCGAGGCCGAACCUGUGCCUUGGAACAUUGCGGAGGUGCAGAUGGCGGAGGAAGAGGAGUUGUUGGACACGCAUCGGUGGUCUCCGGCGCCCGUAGAGCCGACGACCGAGGUGCGCGACUUGUCCUCUCCCAGCGACACAGAGCACAUUGCAGACGCCUUCCGCGCCGUCAAUGGCCUCGCGCGACGCAGCAGACAGCUCUCCGUUCCGUAUGGCGCGGGUAUGGCAGGCUCGUCGAACACAACAGCAGCGGCUGCAAUUGUUGCUGCAGAAGCAGCAGCAUCUGCAUCAGGAUCAGGAUUAGGAGGGCUUUCGCGCCCGACGCGUCCUUGGUUGACGUCUAGAGCGGCCACGUCUUCCGCGAACGUGCUCUCUCGGCUCUUGGCCGGUGCACCGUGGGAAGAGCGCGCUGGGGUCGGCGCAGGUUCGGGGUCGGGUACGGGUGCAGGUAUUGGCCAACAGCAUUGGUCUGCUGUCAUGGAACAGAUGGUGCAAGAGGAGCUGCAGGGCGAGAACAACCUCUUGCGCGCACGUCGCCGCCUGCCGCUGCUGUACCCUUCAUCAUGGGAUCGUGCGCGUGGAGUGCGGGAAAUGCCCGAUUUCAUCGACAUCUCCGGUCUCUGCUGGGAUCCAGCAGGCGACUAUCUCUAUGUCUCCACCACAACACUCAUCGCUCGUUACGAGGUCCUCGACAAGCGCAUGUCGUUCUCUGGUGGUGGUCUACUCUGAUCGAACCUCCUUUUCUUUAAGAUACAAUGUAUUUGACAUGUUGCUCUUUGUACGAAGAAGACAGGGGUUGUAAUGCUCUUUGUAACGCUGCUUGUUGUACAAUUUGCUGUUCUGAAGGGUCGUGAGUGUGUUUGCAAAAAA